CCAAUUUUAAAAAAUUAAAAUAUUCUUUAUUCAUCCCUAAUUUUUUUAUUAAAUCCCCAAUUUUGUCUUUCUUCUCCACUUCACAAAAUCCCCAAUUCCUCAAAAACCCUAAAAACCUCAAUUAACAACAAAAAUGGCACCAAUUGAUCCACACUCGUACACAGACUCAACCCACCCAUUAACAACCCACAUUUCCCUCUCUCUCUACUUCGAUUUCCCCUCCUCCACCAUCCACGCCACCGCUCUUUUCACCCUCUCCGCCCCACACUCCGGUCCGAUCUCAUUCGACACUCGCUCCCUUACCAUCCAUAAAAUCUUAGACCCCCAAACCCUAACCCUAAUCCCCUUCACUCUUUCCCCUACAAUUGAUCCAAUCAAAGGCUGCCACCUCACCAUCACGCUCAAUAACCAGUCCUCAUUUCUCAUAUUCUACUCAACUUCUCCGUCGUCCUCCGCUCUUCAAUGGCUAACGCCUCCGCAAACUUUCGGGAAGACUCAGCCGUUUGUUUAUACGCAAUGCCAGUCGAUUCAUGCCCGGUCGGUCUUUCCUUGUCAGGAUACGCCGGCUGCGAGAAUUUGUUACUCGGCCCGGUUGAAUAUCCCAAACCAGCUGUCCGGCGUUAUGUCGGCAAGACAUUGCGAUCGUCGGGCGCCGGUUGUGAGUGACGUUGUUUUGAACCAUGUGGGUGAUGUGGGGUUUGAUUUUAAGUCGUUGUGGUUUGCUGAAGGAAGGGUUGUUGAGGAAUUUGUGAUGGAACAGGCGAUUCCGCCGUAUUUGUUUGCGUUUGCUGUUGGGGAAUUGGGGUUUCGGGAUGUCGGACCGAGGACUAGGGUUUAUUCAGAGAAUGUAAGUGAUGUGUUGAAUGCUGCUGCUAGGGAGUUUGCGGGGACUGAGGAGAUGAUUCAGCAAGGGGAGAAGUUGUUUGGAGAUUAUGAAUGGGAGAGGUUUGAUUUGUUGGUCUUGCCGCCGAGUUUUCCUUAUGGUGGAAUGGAGAAUCCGAGGAUGGUUUUCUUGACCCCGACUGUAAUUAAAGGGGACUCGAGUGGGGCACAGGUUGUGGCUCAUGAGUUGGCUCAUAGUUGGACUGGGAAUUUGAUUACUAACUCCAACAAUAACCAUUUUUGGUUGAAUGAGGGUUUUACGACUUAUGCAGAAAGGAGAAUUGUUGAGGUCGUACAAGGGGAAGACAAAGCUGUACUUAAUAUUGGAAUUGGCUGGAGGGGUUUGCAUGAUGACAUAGAGCGAUUUAAGGACAACAUGGAAUUUACCAAGCUCAAAACUAAUCAAGAGAAUGCAGACCCGGAUGAUAUGUAUUCACAAGUUCCAUAUGAGAAGGGUUUUCAGUUUCUAUGGCGCAUAGAACGUCAGAUUGGAAGACCUGCGUUUGACGAGUUCAUCAAGAAAUAUAUCGCCACCUUCAAGUUCAAAUCAAUUGAUACAGAUACAUUUCUUGAUUUCUUGAAAGCAAAUGUCCCUGGAAUAGAGAAAGACGUUGACUUAAAAUUGUGGACCGAGGGUACCGGCAUCCCUUCAGAUGCAUACGAACCAGUUUCUGACAUAUACACAAAGAUUGUAUCACUCGCACACGAGUUCAAACUCGGAAGGAUGCCUAGAGAGGACGAAGUUGCUGACUGGCAAGGGCAGGAAUGGGAGCUGUAUUUAGAAAACCUCCCCAAAUCAGUUGAAGCUUCUCAGAUCUUAGCGUUGGAUGCACGCUACAGGCUGUCAGAAUCAAAGGAUUAUGAAAUGAAAGUAGCAUUUCUCCAACUGGCGAUUUCAUCUGGCUGCAGAGAUUACUUCAGCGAAGUGGAGAAGACUUUAAAGGAAGUUGGGAGGAUGAAAUACCUACGUCCGCUCUACGCUGCUCUGGUUCAAGGUACCGAAAAGGAAGAAGAGAAGAUUUUCGCUAAGAGGGUUUUCGCUGAGGCUCGGGAAUGUUAUCACCCUAUAGCUCAAGGCGUUGUGGAAGCCAUCUUCGCCAAGCACAUGUAGCUCAAGGAGUUUGAUCAAGCAGGUGUAGUGUAGGAUUUUGUAUAGUAAAAUAAUAUAUGCUCUGAUGUUUUGGUCUGCAGAGCUCGUUUCUUGUUAAUGUUUGCAGCUGCUUAGGCUAACAAUCCGGCAUUAACAACAUAUUAUGAGAUGGUAUGCUAGUUGAUUGUGCUGAUUGCUAAA